GAUUCAGAGAAGGAGCAACAACUCGCCAUAUUUGAACUAUUUAGCCAACGUUAGUAAAACGAACCAUAGCCAUUUUAUUAUUUCGGAAUUAACUCAACUUUCUUACCACAAACUUUGUGAACAUGCCUUGCUCAAAAGUGAUAGACGCCGCAGAAGUUUCUCCACUGAAGAGGACAAAGCCACAUGCAGUGGCAGAGAAUGUGAUAUCGGUGCUGAAGUUCUCCAAGUUGUCUGAACAUGCCACUGCUCCUACCCGGGGCUCUGCUAAAGCUGCAGGAUACGACCUGUUCAGUGCCUAUGACUACAGUAUUGGUCCUAUGGACAAGGCUAUCGUGAAGACUGACAUCCAGAUAGCAGUUCCGUCAGGCUGCUAUGGCAGAGUGGCACCACGGUCUGGCCUGGCUGCAAAACACUUCAUCGAUGUUGGGGCUGGAGUAGUGGAUGAGGACUAUAGAGGUAAUGUAGGGGUGGUGCUGUUCAACUUCAGCAAGGAAACCUUUGAAGUGAAAAAAGGGGACCGUGUGGCUCAGCUGGUGUGCGAGAGGAUCUGCUACCCAGACCUACAGGAGCUAAAGGUACUUCACACUUCUCUAUAGACUGAAUAUGACCAUUUAUAGUG